AUGACCAAAAUGACCAUGGCACAUCUCCAGCACGACGACGACUUCUCGACCGUCGCCCAGUGGGCCUUCAAUUCUGACGUCGAAGCCAAACCGCGAGCAUCCAAGCUCGUCGUCGCUGUGCAGCAUAACAUCCGUCAGGCACGCAAGAUCCGUCAGGCACCCCAAUUGGCACGCCGGACCCACCGAGCGCUCAACCACUCCGCCGAACCCGUGCCCGCUCGCUUCUUCCGUUUGCUCGACGACGACAUCUCCGCUAUUGGCGCCUGGUAUUUAAAGGAUAGCUUACCCUCUCCAGGCCUCGGCGUUGACCGACAAGGGCCGGCGCGCGCCUACUGGGGCAUCGCCAUCUGGAGUCAAGCGCUGCAAGACCCGCUACUGUUCAAGUGCUUGGCAUUGCUCACCUUGCACAAGAAGCGCGCGCUCGCGGGCUCGUGGGAUCGAGUAUCGUACCUCAAACACAAGCAGGAUGCCUAUCAGCUGCUGCAAACACAGCUCCGGGGAGAGAAGGCCGGUGUGGGAUCGUCGGCGCCGCAGCAGCCGUCGUCAUUGGCAUCCUCCAGAAGCAACAGCGUUGUCCUGCUCGCACCUGUGGUCUGUUUAAUCGGCUACAUUGAGGUCCUGGAGGGUCGAUUCAAGGAAGCGGCGAUGCAUAUCCAAAGCGUGGCGGCGCUGGGCGAUGUUGCUGCGCUAGACAGCACGCAAUGGGCGUUUGUCGCGUGGAAUGACUUGCGCUACGCGAUGAAGAUGGCGACCCCGCCGGUCCUGCCUGGCUCCCUGCCGGCGGCAUAUCUCGUGCAGGCAAACACAACCUACAUAGACGCAACGUCUGGGUCAGAGUCCCGUCGGUGCGCACUGGCAAACUGGAAGCACGCGCAGACCCUGCUGCUCGGCCUCAGCGCCGCCGACGCGCUAUUUGAGAUUCUCCAGGGCGUGCAUAGCUUAAGCCACCUUCUACCCAAUCCGCUCGUCCCCUUCGACGCCAAGCUGGCGAAGCUGUACCAGGUAGAGUAUAAACUACAUACAUUAGCCGCCGACGCCGCCAUUCACGGUGCUGUCUGCGGCGGCGCUAGGGCCACACUCUUUAUCGUAGCCUUGCAGCUGCACCUUCUCGCGCUCGCAAGUUCCCAUGCACCAUCGACGCCUGAAUGCCGGGACUUCCUCCUGGCCCGGGCGUGUGAGGCCACGCAGCAUCUACAACCCAACGACGGCGCCGACAGGAAGUCCCAAAGUGACGCAUCCCUAGUAUGGGCACUUUUCGUGCUGGCCACCCACUCCCGCCGGCAUGUGCGGCGCCAUCGCGACGACGCCGACUCCGACGUAUUCAUCCCCGCGCUCGCCCGUCUAGCAGCCGUGAGAGACUUGCGCUCCCGCACCGCAUUUCUCAAACUUCUGGAGAACUGGCCCGAGAUCUCGCCAUGGUAUCCGACACAGGCCAUGGAGAUCUGGUCUCAUUUGCUAGUGCUCCGUGGCAAGCGCUGGGUCCAACAGGUCGCUCCAUCAGACGAUACGGAAGAAUCCUACUCGCUGCGUCCGCAACAGCCCUGGUUCUCGGGCAUCUUGAUGUUCUACGGUUGA